UAUAGUCCACUUCCGUCAUGCGCCAUGGAACAUUUUGUGCACUUCCGGAACAAUGGAAGCGACGAAACCAGAUGAUCACAGGCGGAAGUGGGACAAGGAUGAGUUUGAGCGCCUUGCCAGGGAGCGACUGGAGGAGGAGUUGGGAGAACCUUCGGAAAAAGAUGACAAACCAGUGAAAAGAGAACUACUGAAACCAAGAGAUUACAGGGUUGAUCUUGAAGGAAAACUUGGUAGGUCCCAGGUUAUCACCAAGACAACACCUUCAUCACAGCAAGGAGGCUACUACUGCAAUGUCUGUGACUGUGUGGUAAAAGAUUCCACCAAUUUUUUGGACCAUAUAAAUGGCAAGAAACAUCAGCGUAAUUUGGGUAUGUCUAUGAAAGUUGAAAGGUCAUCUUUAGAUCAAGUAAAGAAAAGAUUUGAAUUAAACAAAAAGAAAAAGGAAGAAAAAUUAAAAGAGUAUGACUUUGAGGAAAGAAUGAAGGAAUUAAAAGAAGAGGAGGAGAAGCAGAAAGUUUACAGAAAAGAGAAAAAGAAAGACAGGAAAAGGAAAGCAGAUGGCGAUUUAGAUAUGGACCAAGAUCCUGAAAUGGCAGCUCUGAUGGGUUUUUCAGGAUUUGGAUCAACAAAGAAAUGAAUCUAGGUUUAGUUUUGUACACACAUGGAAUAUUUUAUGCAUUUAUUAAAUGCUAUGUGGUUACUCACAUUGAGGAUGGGUAUAUGUGGCAUUGUACAGAUUGAAGUGGCAUAAUUGUUUGGCAUGAGGAUAAUGUUCUUCAUAAUUCACUUUAGUGGGACAUCUUGUACAGAAGUAGUAUAAUGCCAUAGCCACAGCUAUUAUCAUGGUGAUAUGACAGAAUUGGCCAGCUCACAAGGAAAACAAGUGUAUUGGAUUCCCUUUUUACACAGACUCCCACAGAAGUUCGAAAAUAUAACUGGUUCAGCUGAUAAGCUUUAAUUUUAGCAGUCAGUUUAUGUGAUUAAGAAAAAAAUCAUGACAUUGGCCCUUUUCCUCAACACCACAUAACAGUACUAUAGUUUUGUGUGAAAUUGCAUUAUCCUUGAACAUCCAACUUUAUGGAUUUUGUCAUUUACAUAUUGCUGAUUUUGAAUUAAUUAUAAGAAUAUUUUUCCCUUAAAAUAUAUUUUAUUUUUGGAACAGUAUCAGUUAAUGACAGAAUUAUUUAAGUAGAUAACAGUUUUUAU